UUUGUAAAUAUGGCAGGACUCAAUGAGAGAAAAAAAGUUGAGAGAGAAUUGCAACUAAAGAAAUUGAACAAAUUCAUUGAAGAUUCCAGAAAUGAAUUUAAAUCAAUACUUUCUGUACUUGGAUGGACCUCAGAAUCUCUUGAAGUAGUGCAGAAAGAGAAGAUUGUGGCCUGUCCACUGGAUAGUGGACAUCGUUUACCUGCAUCAUCUCUUAGUAGGCAUACAGAGUUCUGCAAGUGGUUUAAAGCAGGAUAUACAAGAGAAGAAAUG